GCGCCGGGAGCCGUACCGAGUGGGCUCGCCGGCGCGGCUGGCCCUGCCAAGUCCCGGGCGGCUGAUGGACGUCGCCAGCCUGGCCGUCGCAGCUCAGGGUGGUCCAGGUUCGCGUGAGCCAUUGGCCAGAGGCGAGGGAAGCGCUGGGCUGGCAGCGCCGCCGGUCUUCGGUGGCGAGCCAGCAAAGAGAUGGCGUUUCGCCGAGGUCCAGACCGUGGAGCGCCGAAUCGUGCAGGUUGGCGUCGAGCGCCGCAACGAUGUGGAGCUCCAGCAGCAGAUCAGCACCUAUGUGGCUGGCAUCGUUGACCUCCAGCAGGGCAGGCACGAGCUGGAGACCGUAGGUAUGCGCUUGAGGGUCACUGAGGCAGAGCUCGAGACGGCGAGGGACGGCCUCAGGCUCGAGUACGACGAGGCCAAGCAGUACUUGAACCACGAGAAACGCGAGUACGAGCAGCAGAUCGGUCGUGCUCGGCAUGCGGCUACCAUCCACAUCCAGCAGGAGUUGCAGCAGUGCGUCGAGGAGCGCGACGCUGCGAUGGUGCGGUCCAGGGAUGUCCACAAUGCCGAGAUGCGGGUCUUGGAUGCCGAGGCCAAUCACGUCUUGGUUACAGGUCGUGUUGAGAACGAGCUGCGGUCUGAAGUCGGAGCGAUUAAGAGGGCGCGAGACACGCCUCAGGCCGAGUGGACCGAGGCGACCGAGCAGGUCCAGAGCGCCGAGGCGAAGGUGCAGCAGAGAGGCAUCGCAAAGGACCAGGACUUCGAGCGUCUCAAGGCGGAGGCGAGCGACUUGAAUUUCAAGUUGCAGGAGGAGUCCGAAAUCGCGCAGUUGGCGCGUCGGCGGCUGACUACACGUGCCCAGUCGUCGGACGCCCAGCUGCGCGGGGAGCUCAACGACGCGGCCAUGAAGUGCGAGAUGGUGGAGGCCGAGGCGUCCAGGCAGAUCGCGGCUGCGUGGGCUGAGUGCGACAUGAAGGUCGAAUCAGCUCAGCACGAGGAGCGGGAACACAAGCGAGGCGCAGAUUCGGCCAGGGUGAAUUUCUACGCAAGCCAGGCUUUGCACAACACCGAGAAGGAAUACUACGAGCACGAAGUCGACGAGUUGCGCGCCGAGUCCCGCGAGUUGAGGGACGAGAAGGCGGCCUUGGCGAGGGCGGCCCAGGAGCUGAUGGACAUCCAAGCUCCAGGACCGCAUGAGCAUGAGUACGCCGAAGGCCAUUGGGAGCAGCAGGACGACAUGGAUUUCGGCAGUCGGACUGGACCAGUCGAUCCAGGACCUGCGGACGCUGGCAUCGCCGCAGCCAUGAUGGAGCUCAUGCGCCAGAUGGCCGACCAGCAGCGCGCUGGGGUCGAGGAGCAGAGCGCGCUGCUGAGGGGGCUUACGCGCGCCCAGGAGAGCUUGGCCGAGGCGCAGCGCGAAUCCCAGUCGAAGCUGAAGCCAGCGAAGCCUUCGCUCACGGGCAAGGAUGCGAGCACCUUGAAAGUCGAGCUUGAGAAGUUCCGCACCUACCAGAACGAAGCGCGCCAGAACAGCAAGGCGAUCUGGUUCGAGGGCGCGAGG